CAACGGCAGCCGACCGGGAAGCGCGUGAUUAUGAAUCUGCACCAACCUGUGUCGACGUAGGCGAAUAUCCGGCGGUUGGUAAACGCGAAUGACUUGGAGUCCACGUCGAAUGCGUAACUGGAGCGAGCGCGGGAAUCAGGAAAUCAGAUGACAGCCCGCAUGGAGGAUAAGAAGAGGUUUCUGACAUGGUCGCUGGGUGCGUCUGAUUAGUCCCCAAGAAGCCGCCGACCGCGCCUGUGUCCGUUCUGUGGCAGAGAAGGAAAGAAGGAAGGAGAUUAAUCGUCGGCUUCGAAUGCGGAAAACGUUUGGCUGAUUGGCUGCUCACAUGAACGCUGUUUUCCCGUCCCCGGAGAACGCAAUGCCGUUGGACUUGUCAAAGUCGGUCGCCACGACACGGACUUGGCGGGUCGUCGGGUCGAGGACGUAGACCUGGCUGGGCAGCAGCGGCAGGGGCCGGAAGUGGUUCAGCCAGCCGUAGCUGGGCAGAUCAAGUACAGUCAGCCACCGGAUUUCGGAAGCACUCCCACAAGGAGAAAGCAAAAAAGAAAAACUCACACCGUGUCGGUGAAGAAUAUUUUGCCGCUGGGGUGCACUUUGAUAUCAUUCAGCGAAUUGAAUUGCCUGCCAAAGAAGUUGUCCACGAGGACAGUCGUGUUGUGUGGCGCAGCCGGAUUUACGCGCACGAUGGACGGCGGGAGAGGUCCCCGGCCGGAGUUGACGAAGAGGAGGUCCCCCUGGUACGGCCCCGUCCCGCCGUUCGUCAUCUGCACAGUGUCGGGGAGAUCGAGCUGCAACGCGCGGUUCAGCCCAGCCCAAGCAGCAUCCGCCGCGCGCGGGAGAUCUGAAUCCUGCAUUGACUUACUUUGGUGACGGGGAUAUUGAUGGCGGUGCCGUUCAAGCUGGCUGGGAGAUGCUGCAGGUCCAAGCGCCCGACUUGAUUGUUGUGAUUGAUGUCGCUCAUGCCAAGCGCACCACCCGAGUUGCUCGCGAAGAACAUCGCGUCCUGCGCCGCAUCGUAGAUGGGAGCUUCAUGUGCAAACGCGAACGUGGCGUUCGAAGCGAUCUCGGUGAUACUCGGAUUCGGGCCCAAGAUUUUCAGAAACCCCGCGUCAAAUAUUUGGAAGAACGGCGGCGUGGUGCCUGUCGGGUUGAAGGCAGCGAAUGCGUCCUCGCGGAAGGGUCAAAAAAGCCAGAAUGUGAGUGCGCGGGAAACGGCUCUUACCACGGAUUGCGCUGGGACUGCGAGUGUGAUAGAAUCAUUCCCAGCUGCGUCUCUGAUAUGAUAAGCAAGUGCGAUAGCCAAAGCGCCGACGGAAAGCAUCAUGAAUCGCGCAGAAGUUUUGGAGGUCGAGGCGCCGGCGAUCGUAUUCACUUCCACUGGACUCAUGGAGGCAGGGCCUUAUUUAAAGGUGCGAAUCAUGUCAUGAGCUCCACGCGAGACUGCGACAACCGGCAAACGCUUGAGGGUCGUCAGACAUCACGCGGGGUGGUCGUCAGACCGGGUUUUCAUCUCCAGACGGCCAUAAUUAGUGGUUUCUCAUGCACCGAGUCGCCGGCAGUUACAAAAAAAAAUCUUGUGGGGUGAAGGGAAUGCGCAGAUCUCUUGGAAGUUGACUGUGUGAUACACACAUAUGGCCUGCGACCUGGUUUCCAUUUGGGUGGCCUGUUGUUUGCCGAAGCUUGUACCAUGCCGUCAGUGCCGAGUGUUCCAUCGCGUGCCAACUUGGCGUGGAAGCAAAGUGGCCCUCUGAUGGAUUCUAUGAGCGACGGUGGGAAGACUGUCGGAUUCCCAACUGCUUGCUUUGCGAGCCCCAUGUCAUACGAGGGAGUCUCCGCUGUCGACAUGUCUAUUUCGGGUGCGGACCACGCCAUCCAUAGCCUGUUUCCCGAGUUCCAGAUGCCAUUUAAAGCCACAGAAGUCAAGAGAUCCGCAUGGAUUAAAUGUGUCCUGGGGACGUAAAAUACUAGGCCGUCAUCUUGUGAUACUAUUACCAGCCCGUCCCGAGCUCUUUCGCCUUCCACUAGCACCAUGUUCCCGCAGAUCGUCGGCGUUCGAUGGUUCAAUGUCGCCGUGCUGCUCCUCACACCGAUGCCGGCUGCGUACGGACUCUGGUAUGUGCCCGUCACGCUCAAAACCGCCGUUUUCGCGAUUCUGUACUACUUUUUCUCUAUGAUCGUGCCGUGCAGGGCUCUUGCUACUGGUGGGCGCGGGGCCACCGCUCCCACCACCGCUGGUGAGUCCGCUCCCCGAUCGCUCGCACUGCGUUUACCCGAACCGAAGCUGCAUAGGACCGACACGGAAAAAGAUCCAUACGAUGCUUCGCGCGGCCUCCUGUGGACUCACAUCGGGUGGAUUCUGUUCAAGUCCAAGCUGCGUUCGGGCCCGGUCGAUAUAUCCGACUUGGGGCGGGACCCGUUACUUCGCUGGACGCAUCGUUACUACUUCCCGCUCGCUGCAUUGUUUGGCUACAUCGUGCCCGCUCUGGUACCGAUCUUGUGGGACGAUGUGCUGGGCGGAAUCUGUUUCUCGGCCGCUCUCAGGCUGACUAUUGCCCACCAUUGCACCUUUGCCAUCAACUCGAUUGCGCAUUACCUCGGCACAACUCCGUACGACGACACCCUCAGUCCAAGAGAUCACUUCUUGUCCGCGAUCCUGACGAUGGGCGAAGGAUACCACAACUUUCACCAUCAAUUCCCCAUGGACUACAGAAAUGCUUAUCUCUGGUAUCAAUGGGACCCCACAAAGUGGUUCAUCCAGCUCGUCUACUAUUGCCGGCUCGCGAGUAAUCUCCGGAUAUUUCCGAGCAACGAGAUUGCCAAGGGCGCGCUCACUAUGAAGUUGAAGCAACUCAAACUCGACCAAGACGCUAUCCGCUGGCCGACAGAGCCCCAGGACCUUCCUGUUGUGACUUGGGAUACCUUCCGGAAAGAGUCAAAAACCCGUUCACUGCUUCUGAUCUCGGGCUUCAUUCACGACCUAUCCGAAUUCGUGGGCGAUCACCCUGGAGGGCCGCUGUACCUCACGAAGAAUGCUGGGAAGGACAUGACCGCUGCAUUUUUCGGAGGCGUCUAUCGGCACUCAAACGCCGCUCAUAAUCUGCUCUCCAUGUUCCGAGUGGGUGUUUUGGCUGGAGGCGGCUGUCCUCCGGACCAACCUCAGGUUGUUCCGCCAUCACAGAUCCUGUAUGUAGCAGAACGCACACGUGACCAAAAGACUAGCUAGAAUGCCGUCCAUUUGUAGAGCGCACGGAUCGGAAUCCGUCACAGAAUCAAGCUGUUCAUAGACUGGCGACGUCACUGUGAAGGUCAUCGUUGGAGUGCUU